AGCAUUUGCCGAAACUGCAGCCCAGACCUUAUUCAGCAGCCAGCUCCUGUCUUAGGCACCCAGGAAAGCUGCAUUUUGUCUUUAACAUAGUAGAGUUCCCAGCGUGCUCUGGGCGGCCUGCAGGGAGGCGAGGCUUGUGUACCAGUUGGCUGUUUGACCUCAUCAAUCCUGUCCUGGUUUUCCCUGGGAAGGCUGAAUCCUCCGGCAGCCUGGCUCUGCCAAAGAUCCAUGUGAGUUUGAGACCCAGCUGCUCAUUUCGGCCUCCCUCUGACCUGUCGGUGCCGUUCAUAAUGGUUGGACCAGGCACAGGAGUUGCCCCCUUUAUUGGAUUUCUCCAGCAAAGAGAGAAUGAGAGGCGGAGAACCCUGAGGCCACAUUUGGCGAGACCUGGCUGUUCUUCGGUUGUUGCCACAGAGACAGAGACUACCUGUUCAGAGAGGAGCUGGAGAGCUUUGUGUCCAACGGUACCCUGAGCCACCUCAAGGUGUGUUUCUCCAGAGACGAGGAGGAGGAGGAAGAGGUGACCAAGACCUCAGCAGCACGACCCAGAUACGUCCAACACAACCUGCUUCUCAACAGCCAGCACAUAACUGACAUCCUGCUCAAACAGAACGGCUAUC